AUGCCGGGAGAUGAUGAUGAGGAAGUAUGGUGUAUGUGCGUGGUAGAUGAUGUGCUCCAUGCUUAUUUUUCUCAACAAGGGUUAAUGGGACUUGAUGCAAAGCGUAAAGUAUGGAGAAGCGUCGUUGGUUUGGAUAAACUUGAAGCUAAUUUCUAUGACGCUGUAACGGCGGAAUACGAUGGAAAGCUUGCGGUUUUGUGGUAUGGUUCCAGCAAGCAAGAGAUUAAUGUAGGACUGCCAAAAUCCAAGAGUGUUAAAAUAUUUCCAACAAUUAGGUCUGCAGUGAUCGCGUUGGAUUGGAUUGGAGAAGUGAUUCGUGGGACGAUCGAGUGGUAUGGUGUCCUGACGAUGCCAGAAGAUUCUUCUUGUGCUUUUCAAAAUUUCUUAGUCGUUUCUGAUUGA